AUGGCUGAUUUGGACAACGAGUCAGGGGGGCACAACAACAACAACGCUAACAACGACUUCUCAUCUCGAGAGCAAGACAGGUUCCUCCCCAUCGCUAACAUGAGCAGAAUCAUGAAGAAGGCCUUGCCCACAAAUGCCAAAAUCUCAAAGGACGCUAAGGAAACAGUGCAGGAAUGUGUCUCAGAGUUCAUAAGCUUUAUAAUUAGGGAGGCCUCGGUCAAGUGCCAGAGAGAGAAGAGGAAGACGAUCAAUGGAGAUGACUUGCUAUGGGCGAUGACUACUCUGGGGUUUGAGGAGUAUGUGGAGCCGCUUGAGAUUUAUCUGCAGAAGUAUAGGGAGAUGGAGGGGGAGAAGAGCUCGGUGGGGAGGCAAGGUGAGAAGGAUGGGACCGGUGGGGUGGUGAGCUUUGGGACAAGUGAUAAUGGUGGCUUUAAUGGGGUUGGGGGAUUUUAUGGAGGGAUGUAUGGUGGGGUAAUGGGGCAUCAUCAUGGGCACGUUUAUGGCUCUGGUGGAUCUCCUCAUGUGGGUAUUGGUGGUAGUGUCAUCGGGAAGGGUGGGUGA